AUGCGAGAGCGCAUGGAGUCGGCGCUGGCAGCAAUCAACGGAAAGGUGGACGCCAUCAUCCAACUAAUGCACGAACAGCGGCACCAACUAGAGGUCAUGGUCGAAAGGACUAACCUGAGGAGCAACUGUGUAUUCUGCACAGUUGCGGAUAAUCGCGACCAGCACCCCACUGGAAGGUGCUGCAAGUACCCUGAUGCUGUGGCCAGAGCAGUCCAAGCAGCAGCUCUUGAAUUAUGCGAGCGCUGCCUACAAUCCAAACACCGCGAUGAAUGCGGUGUCACCUGUCCAGCAUGUGCUCUCGCUGGUGUAGAUACUCCACGUUUCUGCUAUCAUGAUCGUCUAUCGAUUGCUGGAAAUUGCAGAAUGUGCCUUGUUGAAGUCGAGAAAAGCAUCAAGCCUGUCGCAUCAUGCGCAAUGCCAGUGAUGAAAGGAAUGAAAGUGAAGACAGACUCGGAAUUUGCUCGUAAAGCUCGUGAAGGUGUAAUGGAAUUCUUGCUAGUGAAACAUCCCCUAGAUUGUCCUAUAUGUGAUCAGGGAGGUGGAUGCGAUCUCCAUGAUAGUCAAUGGCUUUUGGCAGCGAUCGCAGUCGACUUCGUGCCACAUAUGAGGAAAAAGGUUUUUUAUUUCCUGAGGGCCGUGGAAGAACAAGAACAUAAGUCCUUUGAUCAUGACCUCUAUAAAUCGCUGUAUUCACUGCACUAG